AAGAUUUUUGUUUGAUAUGUAGCACUAUUUCCCCAUACCCUCCCCCCUCCACGUGCCACCUUUUUCUCUCUUUCCUAGAUAGAUUAAACACUCUAUUUCUAGUAUAAAGAAAUAUUAUAAACUUAAUAGUUCUUCAUUAUCAAUAGAUCUUAGUCCAGUCUCAUGUUUAUUUUAUGUUCAUACUUUCGAAGAUACACAUAAAAAUUUUAUGCUUUCUUUUUUUUUUUUUUGUGGAAAUGCCGCGCAAUAGAUUAAUUCAACAAUGGUAUCUGCUGUUCUAUAUGCUGUUAACAACUAGUGGAAAAUGCUUGUCUGUUACAAUGAUUUACAUACUUCCAAAUUGGUUGACAAGAAAGAAACAUGUUCUAUCAUUUGCUUGUUCUUUGAAUCUGUAAAGAAAUUUAAUUAAUUGCCAAUGAGCAUAGGUCUAGGUGAUAUUCCUAACUCCAAUGUCUCAUUGUGAAUGCAUUUGGAUUCUUCACGCAGAAACGAUGAUGUUAUAGCUCUCCUUGAACAAAAUAUACGCCAAUAGAUAUCAUUCGAAGGUCCUGAAACUUUCAGUUCUGGGUUUCAAAGAAAAUGGAGAAACCAGCAGAUUCAAAACAAAUGAUUUUUUAUGAAGAAGAUGGAUAUGAUGCUGUUGUUGUGGGGUCUGGAUAUGGUGGUUCUGUUGCUGCUUGUCGGUUGUCAUUGGCAGGAGUCAAGGUAUGCCUGGUUGAGAAGGGACGAAAGUGGGAAGCUAAGGAUUUUCCAACAGACAGUUUCAAGAUCAUGUCAGCUGUGAGGAUGGAGAGUCAGAACUUGGGUGUCAGCUUUGGCCCAAAGGAUGCUUUAUUUCAGGUUUAUGAACAAAAUGAUUCACUGGCAGCAGUGGCUUGUGGACUUGGUGGGGGGUCACUAGUGAAUGCAGGAGUAAUGUUGCCAACCCCAGUUCAAACUCGAAGAAAUUCAAAAUGGCCAAAGGAAUGGGAAUGGGACUGGGGUAGUUGUGAAGCUUCUGCCGCUACUAUGAUGAGAAUACAGAGUGUUCCCAUUCAGUUCCCCAUUGCCAAAAUUAUGAAAGAAAUAGAUGUGGGAGAGGUAGAAGAAAUGGUUCAGGACUCAAUAAAGUUAAGCAUGAAUUUUGAUCUUGAAGACUCCCCAUCCAGAUUACCGAAGCAUCAGAAUCUGGAUACCUGCAAAGCCUGUGGAAACUGUCUUGCUGGGUGUCCUUACAAUGCCAAGAAUUCUACUGACAAAAAUUAUCUUGCAUCAGCAAUUCAGGCAGGAUGUAUUGUUAAAACAGAGUGUCAAGUUCAGUAUGUGGUUAAAAAUCCAUAUGAAACAGCCCAAAAAGGUGAAAUUGGUGGAAAAAGAAGGUGGCUUGUUUACUUAAAUGAGAUCGAUAAUAUAAAAGCUGAUUUUGUGAUCCUGUCAGCGGGAGUUUUCGGCACAACUGCAAUACUUCUCAAAUCACAAAUGAGAGGAUUAAAACUCUCGGAGGCACUUGGGUCUGGAUUCAGCUGUAAUGGAAAUACUGUUGCUUAUCUUGCUGGAAGCACUGGACCUUUGAAUGCUUAUGGACUAGACAGAAAGCAACUGUCAAAGACACCUAUUCAAGCACGGCCUGGGCCAUCCAUCUCUUCAUCUUACUCUUCUUCAUUGGGUUUCACAAUCCAGAGUGCUGUAUUUCCUACAGCUUAUCCUUGCAUGUUGUUUAAAGGGAUUGCUACAUUUGGAUGGCCGUCUGGUUACUGGUUCUUUCAUGGUAUUAUAGAUAAACUGAAGCAUCUCCUAGGUUCUAAGUCAAGCCAAGCAAUGGUGCUCCUCGCAAUGGGACAUGACAAGAGUGAUGGGAAAAUUAUAUUAGAAAAGGAAACAAAUAAAAUUUGCUUCAGUCCACCCCAUGACCCUUUACUUCCACGAAAAUUUGAGGUCUUUCAAAAGAUUACCAAGAAAUUAGGUGGAAUUCUCUUCAUGUCGACGUACCGAAGCACGUCAGUACAUCUGCUUGGUGGGUGCAAUGCAUCACCAGAUUCUUCAGAUGGUGUUUGUAAUCCAAAUGGUCAGGUUUUUGAUCCAGAGGCUCCUGGUCUUGUGCAUCAGGGCCUCUAUGUUUGUGAUGCUUCUCUAAUUCCAUGUUCUGUCAGUGUAAACCCCUGCCUUACUAUUGCAGCAGCUGCUGAGCAUGUAAGUAAGCACCUUGUGAAGGAUAUUCUCAAGCAUAAAAAUCAAAGUUGUACAGAUUGCAUUUCUAAAGUGGUUGACCAAAAUCCAUAUACAGAAAGAUAUGAUAAUUUAAAGAGCAGUGAGACAUCAUAUGUGUCUGUCAAAGAAACAAUGAGAGGCUAUAUAGGGGGUAUGCCAUGCACAGCUUCUCUCAGAAUGAAGAUAUACUUGCAGAAUCAUAACAACCGUGAUGAUUGGAAUUGGAUUAUGAGAAAACUUCAUCCAACUUUAAAAGGGAAAGUUGGUGGUUAUGUUGUCUUCAGUGCCAUUGAGAAGGAUAAGUUGUACGUUAUAGAUGGGGAAGUAGACAUGUUUGAAGUAGAUUACAGAACCCCUUACACACGAUAUAUGCAUUACCGCCUUCUCCUUGCUGCUGCCUCUGGUUCAAGAUAUAUUCUUGAGGGAAAGAAGAUAAUGAAUCCUUAUCUUUUUGCACUAUAUUCUUGGAGGGAGACAACAACAUUGUACGUGACCUUCAAAAGGCUUGCUGGCUACUUUGCUGGUGAUGUAGGAUUGAACUUGAAAGGAGAGCUUAAAAUUUCCAUGAUUGAACUACUGAAAAGCCUAUUGAAACUUGAAGGAAAUGGAAAAGGAAGAUUUAUUCAGCUUUUCUCAUUGAAUCUCCUUAGAACCUAUAUUUUACAAAUGCCACAAGAAAGUCAAAAUGAGCUGACAGAUUCUUACAACAAUUCUUAUCCAGCGAGCACUUGCCAUGAAAUAAAAACAGAAGAUGGAUGUAUCAUCAGCUGUAGGCAGUGGAACUGCGGUCAAGGUAGAUGGAAUUUCAAGGAACAAAAGCACCCAGUUCUUCUACUUAAUGGGUAUUCCACUGAGAGUUUCUGUCUGCCAACAGAACCAAAUGAUUUAAUCAGGACUUUACUGGCAGAAGGGCAUGAAAUAUGGUUACUCCAACCAAGAUUGCAUGCAUUAAAUCCCUCAAACAACUUCACUAUUGAAGAUAUUGGAAGAUAUGACAUACCUGCUGUAAUUGACAAGAUCUGCGAAUUCCAUGGUCCAAGCAUGAAGAUACAUGUAGUUGCACACUGUGUUGGAGGCUUGUCCAUUCACAUAGCUCUCAUGGGAGGACAUAUCUCUACAACUCAAAUUGCUUCUUUGUGCUGCAUUAACUCUUCAAUGUUCUUCAAGCUUACUACUCUAGCCACAGUCAAAAUGUGGCUUCCCUUGGUCCCUAUGUCAAUGGCUUUGCUGGGCAAGAACAAAAUCCUGACUCUGUUAGAGACAUCAAAGGCCAGUUUGGGACAUCUGCUUCUAAUGUCUAUAGCCCGUUGGAUACCUCGCUAUGAGAGAUGCACUUGCAAUGAAUGUGAGGUCUUUUCUGGCAUAUUUGGCAACACAUUCUGGCAUCAAAAUGUUACCCCUACAAUACACCGUUGGUUAAACAAGCAAAGCACAACAAAGCUUCCCAUGGCCGCCUUUUCUCACCUUAGGAAAAUCUGCAAGUCUGGAUUCAUUGUGGAUAGCAAGGGAAAUAACUCAUAUUUGAUUCAUCCAGAGAGAAUGGCCCUCUCAACGCUAUACGUCUCUGGCGGACGAAGUCUUCUUGUGACUCCAGAGACCUCUUUUCUAGCUAACAAGUAUGUGAAGUUGCAUCAACCUAAUUUUAGACAUGAAAGGGUUGUUGUGGAUGGUUUUGGGCAUUCAGAUUUGCUGAUUGGUGAAGAGUCUUCUAAAGAAGUUUUCCCUCACAUUUUAUCUCACAUAAGGUUAUCUGAACAAGGGAAAAACGUUGUGACGAUUUCCCAGGAAAAGAAAUACAGCAAAGAAGCCUUGGUAUGGGCUGCUGAUCUUUACCAAGGAUCUGAAAGCUGUUGGUUUUCACCGCCGGUGGUUGUUUUCUUGGUUUUAUUUUUUGUCUCCUUCUUGUUAUCAUCAUUCAUAUGAUAUUUCCACUACCAUAAAAUGGAAUGUUGAUGUUUUCAAGUUCUGUACAUCUUCAUUGUAAUCCUUCAUGAUGCCAUUUUAUAAAUUUUCAUGUUGAAUUUAUAU